ACAGCCCUCCUGCAGCCACCCUGGGUCCUGCCUCGUCUCUGUGCCCUGCUGCGCCAGCCCUUGGGGCUGUGACAGGCUGCCCUGCCUUCCCUCUGUGUCCUGCUGCUUCAGCCAAGACCACCGAGACCGCAACUGCCCGCUGUGAAAUGGCAAGCUGCCGUGGAGCCACCUCUGCCUGCUGCCAGGCAGCCCUCGGGCACUGCAGGAUACCUGGCUGCUGUGGAGCACAGGGCUGCUGCAGAGGGCUGUCUGCCACCGAGCCUGGCUGUGCCACAAUGGCCAGCGAGCACUCUGUGACCAAGCCUAGCUGUGCUGGCUCUGCCGCUGUGCUGCAGGGGCGCCCGGCUCUCGCAGAGACAAAACACCUCACAGCUGUUCCAGGUAUGCCCGUGCAGCCGUUCCAACAGCAUGUGCCAGGGACACCCACAUGCCCUGCUGCAGCACACACGCCAGCACUGCCUCCUCCCAGAGCCUCUUGGUCCGGCUCUGAGACCAUGCCUUCUGCCUGGCCUCUGCAGGGCUGUUGCUGCAGCUCAGGGGAGGGCCUGGGAAAUACAUCCCCAGAAAUUCCUGUAAGGAACAGCAGAUCGGGGAAUCCCUCAGCAGUCGCCACCGGGACUGCACGGCCACCGUCGGAGCGGAAGCUUGCUUUGGGUUGUAUGCCAGCAAAGCAGACAAGAGAGACCCAGAGCCAUCACCCCUCAGCAGAGCCACAAAAUACUGUCACCCUCGCCGCAGUGCCGACAGCGUUGCCCAAUCCUGUGACUGCUGGGGAAAAGGAAAACGAUCAUCUUAGUCUGCUGGAAAUAAAUCAAGAAGUUACUCCAGCUGUCUUGACAUCUAAAGUAGCAAACUUUGAAGGCUGCAUUCGGAUGUGUGAAGAGAUGCACAGGCUGAGAGCAAGGGAGAGGCUGAGCCAGCGGCAGGAGGAGCUGGAGCAGAUGGUGAGGGCAGCCUAUGCCCAGGCCACUGAGCAGCUGAAGCGCUUUGCUGAACUGAGGGAGCUAAAGCGGCAUCAGGAGUUCCAAGAGUUGCAAGAAGUAAUGGAGCAGAGCUCCAAGGAGGCUCAGAGGCAGCAAGAGAAGCUGAAGGAAGAACACCGACGCAGAGCAAAGAUAUUGAACCUCAAAUUGCGUGAGGCAGAGCAGCAGAGGCUGCGCCAGGAGGAGCUGGAACUUUUGCACAAGAAAGAGGGCCAGGAGAGGCUGCGUCGCCUUUAUUCCAUCCAGGAGGAGCUGCUGCAGCUGAACCAGCAGAUUGAUGCCAGCUCCAGGCACAAAGACUUGCCCAGAAUCGACCUGGCUGCGUACAGCAGUCGUGGCAACCAGAUCUGUGGACUGGUGUCAGGGCUGAUCCGCAGCGCGAGCGAGAGAGGGCUCCCGGCUCAAGCAGACGUGGCCAGCUCUGAACAAGCCCUGCAGGAGAUGCGGGGGUUGAUAUCCAGCCUGCAGCAGGAAGUCUCUGCAGCUCUAGAGGAAAAAAAGAGGAGAGAUGAAGAAGAAAAGGAACAAAAGCAGAAAGACUUAGAGGAAGAAGAGCAGAUGAUGUGUCAGACUUCUGCCCCUGCCCAGCAGUGGUGGGGAAAGCAGCAGAAGGAAGGACUUCAAGUGGAAACAGAAGAAAGUAUCAUGCAGUGGUACCGGCAGCUUCAGGAUGCUGCUGAGCAAUGUGUUGCUGCUUUCAGUGAACUUGGAAACUGCAAAGGCAACCCUGAGGUGAAGAAGAUAAAAACCAACUUGCAGAAAGCAGCUACAAUCCCUGUGAGCCAGAUCUGUAGCCUAUCAGGCUCGAAGCUGAGAGAGGUCUUUGAGAAGAUCAAUAACCUGCUGUCUGGGAAGCCUGUUCAGACUGAAGGCCAAACGGUGUUGGUGACUCAGCAUCCGCAGGGGCUGGAGUUUGUUUCUUACAAACUUGCAGAGAAGUUUGUGAGACAUGGGGAAGGAGAAGUGUCUUUCCACCACGAUUCAGCCUUCCCAAUUGCUGUGGUGCUCUCAGGAAUCUGGGAAUUGCACCCUCGAGUUGGAGACAUCUUUCUAGCUCAUCUGCACAAGAAGUGCCCAUACUCUGUGCCAUUUUACCCUGCUCGGAAAGAAGGGACUUCUGUGGAAGAGUAUCAGAGGAUGCUGGGCUAUGAAGUUCAUGAUUCCAAAGUGGAAGAACCAGAUCAUUUUCUUAAGAGGAUGUCAGGAAUGAUUCGUCUCUAUGCUGCCAUCAUCCAGCUCCGCUGGCCUCAUGGGAACAGACGAGGGGCUCAUCCUCACGGGCUGGGCUAUGGAUGGCGCUGGCUGGCGCAGAUGUUGAACCUGGAGCCUCGGGCAGAUGUGACAGCUGCGCUGCUGCUGGAUUUCCUGGAAGUGUGUGGCAAUGCUCUGAUGAGGCAGUAUGGGAUUCAGUUCUGGAAAGCAAUGCUCUUUAUCCAGAAAUCCUACAUCCCAAGAAUUGAGGCUGUGACCAGCUCUGGCCAGAUGGGCUGUUUGUCACGUUUGAAGACUUUUGUGCAGAAAUGUCUGCAGGCAGAGGAAAUGCCAUUACCAAAGGGCAUUCUGACGCCUUCCUUUUGGAGAACAUAAAUCAGUCUGUAUGUCUUUUCCCCUAAAUGUUUAAUUUAAGAAGAUUCAUUUGUUACACUUAGAAGCUCAUCUUUGCAUUAGAUCUUUAUAAGUUUUUGCACAGUUAUUUUGUAUAGUUAUUUUGUAUAGUUUUGUCUAUAGUAAAUUACUGAAACUUCAAGACUUUUCCUUCACAGGUUUAAUUGUGGAGGCUGCUAAACUGACUGAGGAGAAGCUUACCACACUCCCCUGGAGUGACAACCCUUAAGCAACAACCUCCCUAACCAAGACAAGGAAAAAAGCUUCCCCCAGCAAGCACUGUUGCUGUAUGUUGGUUCUAUGGAUCCCUUUGGCCCUUCCUCUUUGUUCCACCCCUGUGCCCUCAUCUCAUUUGUUCUGAAGUUCUGCCCUGCCCCUCACUAUCCCUUUAUAAACCCCUGCUCUCUCUGCCUGGGAGAGUUCUUCAU